GUAGGAUAAUUCUGGUCCAUUUACGAUAAUUUUAGGCGGCGGUUACUAUAUUUGCCUCGCUUCAGGUUGUGAACAUUGCCUUCCAUUUUCCAUCCAAUGAUUUAAUUGAGGUUAAACAACGGGCACAAGUCACGAUUGUAUAUUUACAUUUCAAAGGAAAUUGUCAUGACUGGUGUUCAAGAAGAAAUUCCCUGUAGGCUUUGCCUUAAAACUGUUAUCGUUAAAAGUUUUGAAGUAAUAGAAAACGUUAUUAGAGAUAUUCUGGAUGUUCUUUUGCUGAAACUGAAAUUCGAUGAUGAGAGCAAAGAUGUUAUAUGUAACGUUUGCAGAAGAAAAUUAUAUGCGGCAUUCGAAUUCAAGUCAACAUGUCUGAAUACUGAUAGCACAAUUAUUCCACAUGUCGAUUGCGAAAAAAUGUUACAGCUCGACAUAAGGGAAGUGUACAGGAAGGAAAAGAGGAACGAGUCAAUUUCAGAUGGUCGGAAAAUAUGUCGAUUGUGUAUGAACUUAGUAAAAAGUGAGUUUAGGUGCAUUUGUGAAGAGGAACUUGAAGCUAUCGAGAAAUUGGCUCCUGAAAUGAAUAUAAAUAUCAUCAAAGAUCCCGUUGUAUGUAAGGAAUGUUUUGAUUCCCUGUGUACCCAUAACAGUUUCCUUAGAGAAUGCUUAGAAGUAGAGGAAAAAAUAAGAGGUCUUUAUGAUAAUUCAACCACAGAAAGUCGAAUAGAUACAUUACCAUCUGAGGUAUUUAUUAAGAUUGAAAAGUUGGACAAAGAAUUUGAUGUUAGCGAGAUGGAAAUGUCGGUCAAAACUGAAUGUGUUGACAUAAAAUCUGAAGAUGGGGAAAGAAGCGACGCGCUACUACAGAGCUCCCAUAAUGAAUCAUUCCAGAAGAGUUAUUGUAAAGAUGCGGAAAAGGAUGGAUGUAAACUUGAGUAUGGAUCAGCAAACAAAUGUAAUAUGCAAGCCAAGCAGAAGCGCAAUGUGUUGUAUAGAUGCGAUAAAAGUAUUUACAAAACUGGAAGUGAGAUCCGUUCUAGGGCACAUUGUGGGAGACACAAGAAAGACUCAGAAGUAUACAAGUGCCAAACAUGCCAGUUUGAAACUGAAAAUAAGAAAUUACUUCAAAGGCACCAAUUGAGGCAUAAAGAUCCCUCGCAUGUCCAGAAGUACAAGUGUAACGACUGCGAUUUCGAAACUAAAUACAAAGGUUAUAUCAAACGGCACCAGAUGAAACAUAAAGAUCCUUCACAGGUUCAAAUGUACAAGUGUAAAGACUGUGAUUACGAAACUAAAUACAAAGAAUGUAUCAAAAAGCAUCAAUUGAUACAUAAAGAUCCCUCACAGGUGCAAAUAUACAGAUGUAACGACUGCAAUUUCCAAACUAAAUACAAGGGUGAUAUCAGACGGCACCUGCUGAAACAUAGAGAUCCUUCACAAGUCCAAAUGUACAAGUGUAACGAUUGCAAUUACAAAACUGCCCACAAGAAUCAUAUCAAACAGCACGAACUAAAGCAUAAAGAUCCUUCACAGGUUCAAAUGUUCAGGUGUACUGACUGCAGUUACAAAACUAAACACAGCAAACAUAUCAAACGACACCAACUGAAACAUAAAGAUCAUUCACAGGUGCAAAUGUACAGGUGUAACGACUGUGAUUACAAAAGUAAAUACAAGUCUGCUGUGAAAAGGCACCUACUGCAACAUAAAGGUAUUUUGCAAGUUCAAAUGUACAGGUGUAGCGACUGCAAUUACGAAACUAAAUACAAGAGCGGUAUUAAAUAUCACGUGUUGAAGCAUAAAGAACAUUCUUAAAUCAGAAUGUACCUGUUUGCUUUGCUAACAACCGAGCAUAAGGAGUCUUUGAGAAGACCUCAGUCCAUACCCAAAAUACAUAUGCAGGUGUGAAUUAUCACCCAUCGAAGUACAAAAUAUAGUCAAAAUUUGAAGCACUUAAAACUGACCGUUGUAAAUAUUACAUCGAUUGUGAAUAUGUAAUUAUGAAGGAAAACGUAACGCUGACGUGGAAAACAUGUUGAAACAUAAAAAUCUGACAGAAACGGAGAAUGACAAGUGAUUUUAGACUAGUAUUUGUAGAUAUUCCUAAUACCUACUUACCUGCUCUGUCUACAUUUAGAAAUUUUUCUAGAAAAAAGUUAGGAACAAUAAAGUUUAACGCAAAAUAAAUAUGCAUUAUUUCUUUUAUGGAAAACUGUUUAGAACUGCUGACAUUACUGUUGUAUUUACCGGUUGAGAAAUCAGCUAU